AUGUUCGCCUUCUCGCAGCGCAUUGCUGCGGCUACGCGCGCAUCCACGAGGGCCUUCUCUACCACUCCUUCCCGAUCUGCAGACCUGGCAAAACUCGUCUUGAUUGGUCGCUUGGGCAAGGUUCCUGAGCUGCGUUACACCAGGAACAACAAGGAAUACGUGCAAUACACCGUGGCAACUACGAACUACCCUCCUCCUCCCCUCAAUUCCGAUGGCACGCGUAAUGAUCCGAAGACGACAUGGCAUAGCAUCCUGUCUUUCAAUGAGGGUGUCAACAACUAUCUGCGCAUGCUGAAGAGUGGAUCCCAAGUCUAUGUGGAGGCCAACUUCGAGCUGCGGGAGCCUGACCCUGUUGCUGAAGCGGAUAGCCCGCAGGGUCAGCGGCAAAUCUUCCUGCGCCAUGGUUCGUUAACAGUGCUGCUUGCUAUCUGUUUACACUAA